AUGCCAUUUACGUGUGUAGUCUGUGGCUACACAAGUGAAUGCUCAAAGGAGAAUGAAAACAAAACAUAUACUGCAUUUCACAGGUAAGAAAUUACAAAACAAUUGAAACUUUUAAAUAUUUAUUAAUAUUUAAUUUAUUUACAUGACAAUAGUAAACACUAUUAUGACAAUGGGUACAAAUUCAUAAUGACAAAAUGAAAAAGCUAAUUUUCAUUAAUACAGGUUUCCCUUAAAAGAUGAAAGACAUCUUGAGAAGUGGGAAAAUAUAGUUAAGAGAGCAAGAAAUGAUGGACAACAAUGGAGGGCAACACGCCACAGCUACAUUUGCAGUAAUCAUUUUGAAGCAUGUGACUACACUAUACUCCCAUCCUCAACAGGGCCAUGCAGGCUAAAAAAAUAUGCUGUACCAUCAUUAUUCAAAUUGGAAUUCAAACCGCAAAGCAUACCAAAAGAGGCUAGAAGCCGACUGGAAAUGCCUGAAGGAAGUUCCACCCAUCAAGGUCAUAAACGUCCAAUUUCAUGUGAACAUCUAUUGUCAACAAUAUAUCAUGAUCACUGCUAUGGAAAACGGCAAAAACUAAUACAGCAGACACCACUUCAGGAAAUCCAUGGUAAUUCAUGCCAAGAUGAAGAAAUUUCUAAAAAACAAUUAAAACAUAAAAUUAAAAACUUACAGCAGCAAUUGCGAAGGUGUAAGAAGAAGAUAGGGAACAUGGCAGAACUUAUUGACAAACUGCAAGAAGAGCUCAUCAUAAAAUCAGAUGUGGCAGAUAAGUUACAUGCAUCAUUCGACAAAAUUCAAUUGUCCAUUUUCCAAAAUGUCCAAAAAAAUUCACAGAGUUUGCCAUGUGGCCGCCGCUAUACUGAUGAUAUCAAAGAAUUCGCAUUAACCUUAUACUUUUAUUCUCCAAAAGCAUAUCAAUAUGUACGUUCAAUUUUGCCCUUACCCAAUCCUUCUUUGAUUCGGAAGUGGGCAAGCUCAGUAGAUUGUGAACCUGGGUUCCUGAAAGAGGCAUUCAAGGCACUGUCAGAUGAAGUCAAACAAUGUCUAGACAAAAAAGACUGUUACCUCAUUAUGGAUGCCAUGUCAAUUCGAAAGGAGACGGUGUGGGACAAGAAGAAUGAUAGAUAUGAUGGAUUCAUAAACUAUGGCACAGUAAACCCUGAAGAUCCAGAGACAUUAGCAUCUGAAGCACUAGUCUUUCUUUUGGUUGGAGCCAGAACACACUGGAAAUGUCCCAUUGGUUACUUUCUCGGCAAUAAAAUUUAUGCGAGGAUCCAGGCACAGCUUUUGAUAACAGCACUUGAAAUGGCCGCAGAAUCUGGACUACGGGUAUGGUCUAUCACUGCAGAUGGAACAUCAGUAAAUCUCAGCAACAACGUACAAGGACAUGGUUACAAAGUUCAAGCAUCCAACAGAAGAUUACCAUGUAUACGUCAUAUUGGAUUCAUGCCACAUGUUGAAACUGGCCAGAAAUGCACUAGGAACACUUCAUUCAUUCACCGACAAUGA